AAACGUGUCGUGUUACCAGUGAUAAAUUAUAUUUCUUAUAAUGUAUAAAGAUAUCUAUAUUUACUUCUGCUUAAUUGCUUUAAUGCCUCUUAAAUCUCAUGCAAUGACUGCGGAACAAAGAGCCGCAAUUCAUGAGCAUUUCGAAGAAUUGGGAUUAGAAUGUAUGAAGGAUUAUCCCAUUAAUGAAGAAGAUGUUAAUAAUUUAAGAGCUAAUAAAAUCGGAAGCGGUGAAAAUGUACCAUGUUUCUUGUCGUGUUUAUUGAAUAAAGUCGGAAUUAUGGACGACAAAGGUAUGUUGCAGAAAGAAACGGCUCUUGAAAACGCCCAAAAAGUUUUUGGUGAUACUGAAGAAUUGAAACUUAUUCAGGGUUACCUGCAUACUUGCUCGCAUAUCAACGGGGAAACUGUUAGCGAUGGAGAAAAAGGUUGCGACCGAGCAUUACUGGCUUUCAAUUGUAUGUUAGAAAAGGCAUAUCAGUUUGGCUUUGACUUUUAAAAAUGCGGUGUCUCGACGAUUACAACGACCAAAAUGACGAUGGACGAUGGACUCACAUUAGAUAGUUAUAUCUUACAGCACUCUAAUAAAAACUGUUAACAUAAAA